AUGGGUUUCCAUCAUGAGGCAGAAUGGUGUCGUCUUAUAAGACAGUGGUACAAUGCUAUUGAUGAUGCCGGAGUUCCUGUUGACAAUCGAAUAGAAUGGCUGCUGGACAUGAGGGAAAAGCUGUUAGGCCUUUUGAAAGUUGGACAUUUUCCACCUCCAGGUGCAUUCGUUUGCGAUAUGCCUAUUGCGCAGUUUGAGGGAUUUCUUACCAAUAUUGAUCGCCGCCUUCAGCUAUACUGCAUGGUGCGUAAUGAAACAUAUAAUCAAAGAGCCAUCUCAAGCCUGGAUUCUGAAACAUUCUUUUCGGGCUUUCAGGAUUAUGAUCCAAAGGGCACUGGGAUCCUCCGUCCAGAUGACGUAACAGUAGCACUUGGAGCUGCAUCAUUACUCUACAGGCACAAACUUGACGGUGACAGAUCGUUUAUCAUGAGAACAUCUAAGAAACCAAGAGUGUACCCUCUUCAACAAAUUGGAAAUCAAGAAAACACUUAUUUGGACAAUGAUACAGUUGAUGCUUCCCCAGUUUUGCUGAACGAGUCCUCAUUUAUCAGAAUACAUUCGCAUCAAUUUGAUAAAGAAGAAAGAAAAUCCAAAAAUCCAAAAAGAAAAAGUGGUACAAUAUCUGCCUUCGGAUUGCCAAGCAAGGGAGCAGAAGGUGUUCGUUCGCAUCAUAAAAACAAUGAGGAAAAAAUACUUCCCCACAGACGCUUUGGUUUUACAGAUGAGGAGGUUGAUAUCAAAAUGUCUAAAUAA